AUGUCCGCUCUACGCUCGCUCCCCCACAACCGCGACACGCGCAAGCUGCUGCUGUACCUGCACUAUGCCUACCCCAUCGUCCUGCUCGUCUUCUUCCUUGCUGCCUUUACCGCCCGCAGCAUACGGGCCUCCCGCUCUAAUAGUAAUUCUAAUGGCGACGACCCCGACGACACCCCGCUAGGCCCCGGAGGCAAGGCUCUGCCCAAGCGGACGCCCCCGCGCUGCAAGCCCGAAGUCAAGAACGACCUGGUCGACCUGCCCCGCGGCAAGAAGCUCCUCUUCGAGUGGCUCUCCGUCUUCGUCGCCCUCACCUUCGUCGCAAAUUCCAUCAACGUCAUCGUCCACGCCCUCUACAGCCGCAAGGACAAUUGGUGGUGCGGCCAGUCCGUCGUCAUCUACCUGGUCGGCUCCUUCUUCGUUUACACCCUGCUCAUAAUCUCCAUCAUCGACACCAAGCCCGCGCCCAACGCCUCUCAUCAGGCCACAUGGGUCUUCGGCCUGCUGUUAGAGCUGGCUCUCCUGGGCGCGUCGCUCGUCCUGUACACGCACAAGCACCGCGAGCCCCGCACCGGCCACGAUGGCAGAGGCAAACUCCGGUACAACAUGACCGAGUGGGAAAUCACCGAGGUGGUCAUAGACCUCGUGCGCAUACUUUUGUUGGGAACGUUGAUUGGCUUCUACGUCGUCUUCGUGACGCGGCGUCAACCGAAGAACAGCUCGGAGGAGACCGACGGCCCCAGCGAGACGACGGGGCUCCUGGCUGCUGGCACCACCGAGAACGGCCAUGCCAAUGGCAACGGCACCACGCACUACGGUUCUGCGCCUACCGGCGGCAAACACAGGCACACUGAGGGAGCGCCUGCUGGCUGGAGCCGGCCCGACACGGUGCCUUCGAGGAGCUGGUGGGAGUAUCUCAGGGGAUACUCGGUUUUCUUUCCUUACCUCUGGCCGUCCAAGGACCGCAAGCUCCAGAUCAUCGUCGUCGCCUGUUUCUUGAUUGUCGUCCUUCAAAGAGCCGUCUUUGUACUGGUACCGUACCAGGUAGGAGUCAUCACUAACAAGCUUUCCGGCGAUAAAGGCCCCGUCACGAUGCCGUGGAAGCAUAUUUGCCUCUAUAUUUUCUACCGACUGCUCCAAGGGAGCAACGGCCUUCUCGGCGCCGCACGAUCGACACUGUGGAUCCCGAUCGGACAGUAUUCCUAUCGUGAACUUUCCGUUGCCGCGUUCGAGCAUGUGCAUGGCCUGAGCUUGGAUUUUCACCUCGGGAAGAAAACCGGGGAGGUCCUCUCGGCUCUUGGCAAAGGCAGCUCGAUCAACACGUUCCUGGAGCAGGUCACGUUCCAGGUCGUGCCCAUGCUGGUCGAUCUGUGUGUUGCAAUUGCAUUCUUCCUCAUCUACUUUGACGCAUAUUACGCGCUAGUCGUGGCCGUCGUCACGUUCUGGUAUGUGUAUCUCACCAUACGCAUGGCCCAGUGGCGGGCCGAAAUCAGGCGCCAGAUGGUAAACGCCGACCGAGAGGAAGAUGCCGUCAAAAAUGACUCGAUGGUUUCGUACGAGACCGUCAAGUACUUCAAUGCCGAAGCCUACGAAUUCAACCGCUACCGGCAGGCGGUCGACAAGUAUCAAAAGGCAGAGUAUAAGGUCUUGUUCUCGCUGAACCUGAUGAACGUCACGCAGAACCUGGUCUUCAUGCUUGGUUUGAUGGUUGCCUGCUUCCUUGCGGCGUAUGAAGUCACGACCGGCCAGAGCAAGGUCGGACAUUUUGUCACUCUGCUCACUUACAUGGCCCAGUUGCAAGGGCCGCUGAAUUUCUUUGGCACGUUCUACCGGAUGAUCCAAUCGGCCAUGAUCAACUCGGAGCGGAUGCUCGAAUUGUUCAAGGAACAACCUACUGUAGUGGACAGGCCUGGCGUGAAGACGCUGCCGUCAUGCGAAGGUGACAUUCGUUUCAACGACGUCAAGUUUUCUUACGACGAGCGCAAGCCUGCGCUCCAAGGGCUCGACUUCCACUGCGCGCCCGGCACGACGACCGCUUUCGUCGGAGAAUCGGGAGGCGGAAAGUCGACAGUGUUCCGCAUGCUCUUCCGCUUCUACAACAUCCAAUCGGGCAGCAUCCAGGUCGACGGACACGAUGUCGAAGACGUCAGCAUUGACUCCCUGCGGCGGCACAUUGGCGUCGUGCCGCAAGACACUGUUCUCUUCAACGAGACGCUCAUGUACAAUCUCAAGUACGCCAACCCGAACGCGUCCGACGAGGAUGUGUUCGCGGCGUGUCGCGCGGCGAGCAUCCACGACAAGAUCCUAGGCUUCCCCGACGGCUACAACACCAAGGUGGGCGAGCGGGGCCUGCGGUUGUCAGGCGGCGAGAAGCAGCGGGUGGCGAUUGCGCGGACGAUCCUGAAGGAUCCGCGCAUCAUCAUGCUGGACGAGGCGACAGCGGCGCUAGACACGGAGACGGAGCAGCACAUUCAGGAGGCGCUAACGACGCUGGCGAAGGGGCGCACGAUGCUGGUGAUAGCGCACCGGCUGAGCACGAUCACGCGGGCAGACCAGAUCCUCGUGCUGCACGAGGGGCGGGUGGCGGAGCGCGGGACGCACGACGAGCUGCUGGUGCGCAAGGGCCGCUACGCAGGCAUGUGGAAGAAGCAGGUGCGGGCGCAGCGGGCGGCCGAGGAGGCGCGUGUGCUCAAGGACAAGGCGGAGCGGCUGCGUCGCGAGACCAAGGACGGGUCGGGCGUCGCUGAGGGCGAGGGCAGCGCGAGCCAGAGCGAGGACGAGAAGGAGCGGAAGCGGCGCGAGCAGGCGGGAGAGCUGCAGCAGCAACCGCCGCCGCCGCCAUCGAUGAGAGAUUUCGGUGGGCCGGCUGGUGGCAGUAGUGGCGCGGCGCAGAAGUAG